AUGACUACGUUCCUUAAGCCUUUUACCGAGGAGUUGGAAAAAUUGAGCAAUGUUGGAAUGAGAUGGGUCCGUGGUGGUGUGACUGUUUGUUCACGAGUUUUUGCAUGCAUUUGCUCGUGUGACAGCGUGGCAAGGUGUGUAUUGCAGAAUAUCCUUCAAUUUAAUGGUUUGUACGGUUGCAGUUGGUGUGAAAAUCCAGGGGAAUCGAUUGAAAAAGGACGCGGUCAUUGCAGAGUUUACCCAGAAGAAGCGCAACAACCGGACUUAAGAACACAUGAACAACUGAAGAAGAAUGGUCGAUUGGCGUUCCGUAAGAAAGAACCAGUGAAUGCGUGAAAGGGCCAACCAAACUGGCUGAUUUGCCCAAUUUUGACAUUGUAAGAGGAUUUGUGGUGGACAAUCUCCACUGCAUAUAUUUAGGCGUUACAAGACAACUAGUACAUCUAUGGUUUGACUCGAACAAUCAUAACGAACCAUGGUAUCUUGGCAAACACAUACCAGUUAUCGAUUCAAGAUUGAAACGCGUAAUGCCACCACAAGAGGUUACAAGGGUUCCAAGAUCAAUUACGCAGAGAGCGUUUUGGAAAGGUUCUGAGUGGCACUGGUGGUUGCCCUUAUAUUCACCAGUUGUCCUGCGUGGAUUGCUUCCACAACGGUAUUUUAAACAUUUACUUGUUUUGGUGCAAGGCUUUUACUUGCUAACCAAGUCAAGUAUCAGCUCUGCUGACCUCGACAAGGCCGCCCAUUGCUUGUCGCAGUUUACUCAGAAGUUCCAGUUGUUGUAUGGAAAGAAGCACAUGACAUACAAUGUCCAUCAGCUGACUCAUCUGGUGCAAGCAGUGAUUGAUUGGGGUCCAUUGCCAUGCUAUUCCUCCUAUAUUUUCGAGGGAUUUAAUAUGGUACUCCUGAGCUUGUUCCAUGGAACUCAAGCAGUUCCUCAUCAGAUUGCCAACUCUUUCCUCAUGUACAAAGAGUUGUCUAUAAUUUGCAGUACUGGCGAGGCAACUGAAGAUCCCCUCACUGAUAACAUCUUCUCCUUCAUGAAUGACCAACUCCAAGGCUACACACCACUGAAAAAGGCCAAAAAGAUGGAACAAAACAUUACCUUCUUGGGGGCGUCAUAUUCAAAACCACUAACAAUUGAGGAAAAGUACCUUGUUGAGGAGCUACACCAAAGGAAUGAUGUUGAAAAUGAUGGAUAA